CGUGGGGUCCAGGCGAUGGGAGCUGGUGGCUGGAGGCGGGGGCAUCGUAGUGCUGGUCUCGGAGAGGGGCUUCCUCUUCCUCAGCAUCGGAGGACUGUAGACUGUUCCGGCUUCUCUGGGAGUGGAUGAAGCAGACGUACUCUAGCCACUUGCAAAGCCUCCUCUGUGGACAUCAUGGCCAUAGUGCAGACCCUGCCCAUCUCCAUUGAGUCUUCCUCUGAAGGGGCUGCCCAGCUCCACUCAGGUGCCUGCUCACCUCCUGCAGCAAUGGGCAGUGUCAGUAGCCUCAUCUCAGGUAGGCCUUGCCACAAGGCCACAACAGAGUUCACCCCCUUCCGUCUGCCAGGAGGUGCUGGCUCCCAAGAGCCCCUGUGCCAGGGGCUCCCUGCCAAGAAAGUCAGCUAUGCUUAUGGCAGUGAAGAGGAUUGGGCUGAAGCUGUAUCUCCCAUAAGCCCCUGUAGUGAUACAGAGGACUUGCAGGAUGACAAGCCUCAAGUUGGCACCAUCCGCGGACCUCCCCCCAAGCUGGUGCCCGUCUCGGGGAAACUUGAGAAGAACAUGGAGAAGACGCUAAUCCGCCCAACUGCCUUCAAGCCUGUCAUGCCCAAGAACCGCAACCCCCCACUGCACGGGCACUUGGCUCUGCGGCCUGGUACCUCAGUGCUCUCUGAGAGCCAGGCUAGCCUGGCUCAGCUCUUUGGAGGCUCCUCCACAGGGAGUACUGAGAAACACAACUCCCUGAGCUGCCGCACGAGCUCCCACUCGGGAACAAUGUCUGACUCGGGACGCAAUUCCCUUUCAAGCCUGCCCACAUACAGCACUGGUUGCAGCCAACAAAUGGAGCCAGUAAGCAUCUCUAUGGGCCACAUAAACCUCGACAGUCAUGGCAGUAGCAGUUCGCGGGGCCUCACUGGUCCUUCAAACUCAGACAGUGGACGGUCAUCGUCAAGCAAGAGUACAGGCUCUCUGAGUGGCCGUGGGCACCCGUCCUCUGACAGUGGCUCAUGUGGUGGGCGCUCACCUGUGCACAGUGGUGCUGAUGAAACCCUUCUUGUUCAUGAACUUGAGGAGAAACUGCGGGAACGGGAAGCUGAACUACAGCAUUUGAGAGAGAGCUUGGAUGAGAACGAGGUGGCCAUUUGCCAGGUGUAUGAGGAAAAGCAGAGGCGCUGUGAGGAAGAGAUGGAAGAGUUACGGCAGGGUUACACUGUCAAGCUCCAGCAGGCAGCACAGAAAGCGCAGCGAAGCCAGCAGGUGCUGCAGCUCCAGAUCUUCCAGCUACAGCAGGAGAAGAAGAAACUCCAGGAGGAUUUUGCGCAGCUGCUGGCAGAGCGCGAGUUGCUGGAGAAACGUUGUGCUUCCUUUGAGCGAGAACACACAGAGUUGGGGCCUCGGCUGGAAGAGACCAAAUGGGAGGUAUGCCAGAAGUCAGGUGAGAUCUCACUACUAAAACAGCAGCUGAAGGAGUCCCAGGCGGAGGUGGUUCAGCGGGGCAACGAGCUCGUGCUGUUAAGGGCUCAGCUGAGGGAAGCACGGGCUGAGCUGCAAGCUAGUGAGGAGCAGGUGUUGGGGUUGCAGGAGGUGGCCCGCACCAAAGUUUUGGAGUUGGAAGUCUGUGCCAAUGAGCUGGCAAGGCGCAAGAGUGAAGCGGAGCUGCUGCGUGAGAAGUUGGGGCGCUUGGAGCGUGAGCUGGAUGGACUGCGUAGUGCCAGUGGAGAUCUCUGUCCCUUGCUGGCUGAAUGUGACGAGGCAAAAGUCCAGCGGCAGGCAGCAGACACCCUGCAUGGUUUGCGUGCCCAGGCUGAACGGCUACGUGUGGAGUUGCUGAGUGAACGGCGGCGUGGUGAAGAGCAACGGGAGUCUUUCCAUGCAGAGCGCAUUACCUGGCAGGGUGAAAAGGACCGGGUCAUCCGCUAUCAGAAACAACUGCAACAUAAUUACAUCCAGAUGUACCAGCACAACCGUGAUUUGGAACGCCAGCUGCGCCAUCUCAGCCUUGAACUUGAGGCCCGGGACAUGGAUGAGUAUGAGAUGCAUGGUGGUGAAGGAAUCUGCUUCGAAGAGAUUGCCGCUACUGAGAUCUGAGUGUGCCUGGUGAAGGCCUAGCAAAGGAGCCACCCUGCCAUAAGAGAUUCUGGAACUGAGAUUGGAACAUGCUCAGUAGGGACCCCCCUCUGCCUUGUGGAAUUAAGAAGGGAGUCCAGCGGUGGAGGGAAUUGCCUACUAUACAAGCACAGUCAAUAGUCCCAGUGGGUAGCACUUGUUCCAUUACAUAACAGGGUUAGAGAUCCAGUAUGAGAGAACCCUAUCUAGCUCAAAAAAAAAUUCACUGCCAUUGAGAUGUGCCUAGAGACUAUAGGCAGCUUGGGUUGCUCCCUGGGAGCAUGGGACCACCUGACAAAAGAUACGCUCCUUGGACAGAAGGUAGCAGCAGCUCUGUUAUCUCUUUUCACUUCAUACUUUGGGGAACAGCACUUCUGAGUAGCCUUUGCUACUCAUGGUUGCUGGCUGUUGUAGCAGCAGGCACUAUCACUUUCCUCCUAUUCAACGGCUGGAGAUAGGCUUAAGGUGAGGAGGGGUGGGCUUUGGUUAGCUUUUUUUUUCAUUUAUGAAGUAACCCAAUUGGCCCUCAGCCUCCACUGGCUGGGCAUUAAGCUGAAUUGACUCAUAAGUGUGUUAACAACCAGUUAGCUGCUGAUUCAUUUAGUUUAUGGGAGGAAAUUAGCAUCUCCUGCUUUGAGACCUGAUGGAUGGAGAAACUGGGUGCUGUUCUUUGAACUUCAGGCCAGUUCUGGGCUGAGCGGACAGUAUGCUAAAUAGAACCUAUUUUUUUUUAAAAAAAACAACCCUUAAUUCUGUUCCAAGAAUUGUAUCCUGUAUAGGUUAUGCAAAUAAAACAGGUUUCCGUAUAUUUGAUUAUUUUGCAUACAGCAGGGGUAGAAGUGUGACUUCUGCCAAUUACCCCUUCCCACCCUCAGUCCAGGGGCAGACUGGCCACUGUGGCCACUGUGACUUUUCCUUGUGGGCCAGUGUCCCCUCCCACCUGGGCAAUCCUCAUGCCAUAAGGCAGAGGCAGUGCCCAGUCUGCUCAAGCCAAAUGCAAUGAGAACAAGUUGUCUCCUGUACCACCUGAGCCUCAGAAGGCAAGGGGGAGGCAGGCUGCAUUUCCCUCUUUUAGGAGGGGGCAUGAAUGCUUCAUGCAGCUCCCUUUUACAGGGCCAUUUCCCCCUUUUCAAUCCACCCCUGCCUCAAUUUGCCUCUCAUUCCAUCCUUGAUUGUACCCUGUUCCCCAGGAAUAGCAUUUUGGGAAAUCAAAUGGACUGUGGUGGGAAAUGGGAAUACAAGAAAGUUCUGUUUCACUGAGGUUUCACUUUCCAUUAGCAGAAAAUUUAGUCUUCUCCAGCCUAAUAGUUGUGAAGUGUAAGAUGCUUUGCAGGCUGCUGAACCCCCCCCCCCAAAAAAAACCUUUCUAAUCCGCUGAUUCUGGAGGUUCUGGUUCUGCCCACACUUCCAAAGUCCAUUAACAGCCAGAACGAUAAGAAAUGAAAGAACCAAAAUUGAUUCUCAGGAUGCUGAAUUUUGGUCCUAAAUUCUGUGGGGGGGUUUUCUGUGCUUGCGUGCAGUGUCAAAAUAAUGGAAGUUCUGGCCUCUCCUGUCCUGUGGAAGCAGGGUUAAAAGCCAAAUUUAUCCUGGCCUCUGGGAUGGCUGCGUGGUAGAUUCUGGGAUGUGUCUUAUUUUAAAGGGACCUGUGCUGUUCAUGAGAGAGAUUCCAUUACUGACUGCUCAUUGAGUAAUUCCCCUGCACACUUGAGGUUACCCUAAUUUUCUACCCCACUUCCAUUUCAUUACUUUCCCCCAAGGAUUAUUUUUAUAAGACCUACCUGAACAUUUGAAUUCCAGCUAGGUGUAGGACAUUGCUUGAACUGUGAUUUCUGAAAGUUGAGAAUGUCUUUGCCCUUCAUAUAUUGCCUGGAUCUGCCCAUUAUCUUGAGGUGUUGAGACUUCUGUCAGGGCUUCAUGCUGUUUGCCAGUCAUGCAUCUCUCAACACCCUACUGCAUGUGGCCAGGGGAUACAUCACUUCUUGGUUGGGAAUCUGCCUGCGUCUUUCCCCCAUUCCCUGCAGGCUCCACAGUUGCUUGAGUCUGUUUCAGGUUCCCUUCUCAUGCUGUCCAUGUUGAUUCCCCCUCAGGUUUGUUUGGCAGAGUGCCCUGCUGAGAGGAGUGCUGACUUCCUUUUCCUUGGAAUGAAAUGGACAAGCUGGUGCCCCUUUAUUUGUUCCCAGAACUCCCAUUCUCCAACUAUCUGUUUCCUUCCAUACCAGAGCUCCUUACUGAAU